UUUCAUCAUGGAUAACUGUGAGGAGCUCAUCCCGGAGUAUCUGAAUUUCAUCAGAGGUGUGGUGGACUCUGAGGAUCUUCCUCUAAAUAUUUCCCGUGAGAUGCUGCAGCAAAGCAAAAUUUUAAAGGUUAUCAGAAAGAACUUGGUCAAAAAGUGCUUAGAACUCUUCACCGAACUGGCCGAAGACAAAGAGAACUACAAAAAGUUUUAUGAGCAGUUCUCCAAAAACAUCAAGCUUGGCAUCCAUGAGGACUCUCAGAAUCGGAAGAAGCUCUCGGAGCUGUUGCGCUAUUACACGUCCGCCUCUGGUGACGAGAUGGUGUCUCUCAAGGACUACUGCACCAGAAUGAAGGAGAACCAGAAACACAUCUAUUACAUCACAGGUGAGACCAAGGACCAGGUAGCGAACUCGGCCUUUGUGGAGCGUCUUCGGAAGCAUGGCCUGGAAGUGAUCUAUAUGAUCGAGCCGAUUGAUGAGUACUGUGUCCAGCAGCUGAAGGAGUUUGAGGGGAAGACGUUGGUGUCUGUGACCAAAGAGGGCUUGGAACUUCCAGAAGAUGAAGAAGAGAAAAAGAAACAGGAAGAGAAAAAGACAAAAUUUGAAAACCUGUGCAAGAUCAUGAAGGACAUCUUAGAGAAAAAAGUUGAAAAGGUGGUCGUGUCAAACCGACUGGUGACCUCCCCGUGCUGCAUCGUGACAAGCACAUACGGCUGGACGGCAAACAUGGAGAGGAUCAUGAAGGCCCAGGCCUUGAGAGAUAACUCCACCAUGGGCUACAUGGCCGCGAAGAAGCACCUGGAGAUCAACCCCGACCACUCCAUCAUCGAGACCUUACGGCAGAAGGCCGAGGCCGACAAGAACGACAAGUCUGUGAAAGACCUGGUCAUCCUGCUUUACGAGACGGCGCUCCUAUCCUCCGGCUUCAGUCUGGAAGAUCCGCAGACGCAUGCCAACAGGAUCUACAGGAUGAUCAAGCUUGGUCUCGGUAUUGAUGAAGAUGACCCCACUGCUGACGACAGCAGUGCGGCUGUGAGCGAGGAGAUGCCGCCCCUGGAAGGUGAUGACGACACGUCGCGCAUGGAGGAGGUUGACUAGGUGCCGUGAGAAUGACUUGUACAUGUAUUCGAUACUUUAUCUUCAUUCCCUCUGAUAAUAUAUUUUCAAGGAUGUUUUUCUUUAUUUUUGUUAACAUUUUAAGAAUCUGUAUGGCAUGACAAUAACUACUUAAGGGGAAGAUAAGAUUUCUUUCUGUUUGAGUUUGAGUGUGAUACUGUGACGUGUAGGAACUAAAGCCCAGCUAGUUUUUCUUCCCUAGUGCCACGCCGGCUCAUUGUAACCGGACAAGGUGACCUUUGUUGUGAGGUGUGCGUAACCUAACGUUAACUGUGAUCUACAGUGUUUAGCUACCAAGUGGAUUCCUUAGUAAGACCAAAUUUGUCUGUCACUGAAGUGUUCCGAGCUAUACCUUGAUGUUUUAAAGAGAAAUGUUGGUUAAAACAGCUCUCACCCUCUAGGAUCUACUUUUUAAAUCUUCUGUCCCCUGUAGUUACCAGCUGCAUGUACCAGGCCUCUAGAAACUACUAGUUUAACCAACCGGAUGGCAGUAACCGUGUAUAGGGCUUGUUUUCCAAAGAGGAGCGUUGUUUAGAGUAGCGACAUUCUAGGCCUACUUAGGCAUGUUGUAAAGCUGUUGGAGAAGUAACUCCACAAGUUCCGUGAGUGGAAAUGUAGUGCUCAAGUCACAUUCUACAUUAAAAGGUUGUAACAAAUA